AUGACCGUCUCCAAGAACGACUUCUCCGAGCGCGUGUCGCUCAACUGCGGUCAGCGUAUGAGCGAUGAUCUAUCUGAUCCUAACGAUGACCUCGCUCUGAUUAGACGACUAGCUUGGUUCAAGCCUACGAACCAGCCGCUGGCGCGAGUGCAUCUCCACUGCAUUGCUGCCCAGGGAUGCGAGAAGCUAAUCUCAGACAUGGGCGAGGGCUACUACCGCUGGGCUCUGGGCCCCGACGAGGCCCUCUUCCCUCUGAUCGACUACGCCAACAUUGCCUGCGGCAUGCACGCCGGCGACCACAACACGAUGCUGCGCAUGGUGCGACUGGCGAAGCAGGCCGGCGUCGGCAUCGGCGCGCACCCGGGUCUGGACGACGUGAAGGGCUUCGGCCGCCGCAUCCUCCCGAUGACGCCCGAGGAGUGCCGCUCGCUCACGCUCUACCAGCUCGGCGCGCUCAAGGCCAUGGUGGACGCUGAGGGCGCCAAGAUCUCGCACGUGAAGCCGCACGGCGCCUUCUACUUCAUGCUCCGCGACGAUGCGGCGCUCACGCACGCCUUCCUCACUGCGCACAUCUCAGUCAAUGGAAACGGCACGCCCUUCGUCGGCCUCGCGGGCACGAAUAUGGAGACGGUCGCGCGCGAGCUCGGCGUGCCCUUCAUCCCCGAGCUUUUCGUGGACAUCGACUACGACGCGGACGGCAAGCUCCUCAGCGUCCCCAUGAGCAACAAGUGCACCGUCGAGGGUAUCCGGAAGAAGGUCCAGAGUCUUAUUGAGAGUGGCAGCACGACGGACAAGCAGGGCAACAAGCUCGACAUCCCCGCCGCCAAGGGCAAGUUCACCAUUUGCCUGCACUCUGACAUGCCGACUGCGCUCGAGAACGCGAAGGCUGCUAGGGAGGUGCUCAACGCUGCUCAGUAA